AUGAACUCGCUUCUGUUCCUGUACCUCCAUCUAUUUCGUGGGCCCCAAAUUGUCGCCGCCCGUCUUGAGAAAGAGGAAAAGAAAAAGCGUGCACAGCUGGAGGCCGACAUUGCGAGCGGCAAGGUGCCGAAAAUAGCAAGCUGCAAAAAGUGUGAUGCACCAGUAGAUCGCUUAGUUGUGCCUAUCGGAUUCAAUCCUACGUGUUCGCCGUGUUUAGCUAAAGAGACUGAAGAAUUAAAUCUGGCAAAGAUGAAAUUGCGGCGAGAUGUGCGAAUGUCACCAUUUCUGUGGUUUCGUCUAUUCAUCAUACUGCUGGGUCUUACUGUCUUCUUCCAUCGCAACGUUAUGCCACUGUUCUAA